AUGGCACCAACACUGGCCGAAGCCGAACGAUUCCUGAGAACAGCACAGAUUGAGGAUGGAGUGAUUGAGCGACUUGCAGAGAUGUUGGUCACCAGAAUGGAUGAAUGGAACCUGAUAGCCGACCAAAAAACCGCCGAAUCCAUCUGGGUCGUGUUGACAGAAGCUGGAAGACGUGGCAGAAUAAGUGAACAAAUUGGAGACGGUGACGUGGCGAUUCGAUUGACAGAUGCUUACGAGAAAAUCCGCGGGCGUCUCACUUCAGAAAUGCGAACGAUUCGAUGGAAAUACGACGAAAUAGUGGAUUUUAAUGUGAAAAUUUCCAAAAAUACGAGGUCGUCACUGAACGGAGAUGCGACAAGUCAACGAGUCGUUGUCAAUCUGAAAGUGAUUCCAGCUGGAGAGACAGAGGUGAACACACUUUUUGUCGAUUUCGAUGAAGCACAACUCGAGGAUUUCAUUUGGAGACUUCAGGAGGCAAAGGCGAUGAAGGAGAGGAUUCAGAAGGCGGUGACGGUGACGACGGGGAGCAAGAAGAAGGCGAUGCGAUGA